AUGGAGGAGAAAACAGCGCAAACCGUGCAAGAGCUCACUGACAUCAUGCAGGAACUUGCGAAGCGUGUUGAAGAACAGGACGCUAGGCUGAAGAGUCAGCAGAGGGAGCAAAUGAUGGAGACUGCGGCCUUGAAGCGCCGAGUGGAGGACUUGCAGCAAAACAGUUUAAAGGAGGUGAAGACAGUACGUCAGGAGUACGACCUCGCUUUGGACAGCCUCGGCAGUCUCAUCGAAGAUGUUGCACGAAGAGUGACACGUGCCGUGCAACGCUUUGAGGAGCGAGGAAUUGCCGACUUGGAACGCACCCGCGAGCAUGUUGAGAAUGCGAUGGCGACACAGUCCGCAAUGCUCACCCAAAAGAUUGAUGCUGCCAUGAGCGCCGCAGUCGCGGCAGUGGACCGUUCCAGCCAGGCCAGCGACCACCCGGAUCACGAGUCUCGCGAAGGAGACGAGGAUCACGGCGGCGGCACUGGAAGUGCAUCUGCAAAGAAACCCCAUCAGCAGAUGGAGACCAUGCGUCGUGUGGAAACGAUCGCGCAGAUGUUGCGGACCGAGGCGCUGGCUCAGGCCCAGGCCUUCGAGGCAAAGCUCUCCUCCAUGGAAGCUGGGCACUCCGCAGAGGCAAAGAGGUGGCAGGGGAUGCUGUCUUCCUCCUUCACGCAGCUACAGGCUUUGCAGCGAUCAAUCUCACAGCUCGAGUGUGGGCUCACGCCAUCGGUGGCGGGUCCUGGCCCAAAGGUUGGCACAGGCGCCUCACCGACACCAUCACCACUUCAGCAGCCUGCAAAGAUCGACAGGGAGCUCAGCAAUGCGGAGAAACUGCGCGAGGAUCUUUCCAAAAAGCUGCGUGGCAUCGCCUCCUCGGUCAAUGGGGCGCUUGUGACACUGGAAUCCCAGGCAGAAACAACAGCCUCACGAGGUCAGUCCCCGAAGCGAUCCAAGAGUCCGGUGGUGCUUCCGCUCAAUCCGGCGGGUACCAUGGAGAAGCAGAUGAGGCAAAGGGCGGAGAUGGACCAGGCACGCUCGCCUCCAAAGGGCAUUCCAACAAUGACUGGGCCUCUGGAGUCGCGCGAGGAAUCGUCAAAGCGUCCUGCGAUCCAAAGCGGAGGGGCGAGCAUGCAGAUUCCAUUCGCGGGCACGUCGCCAGCUAUUACCUCAGCGCGAGAUGACAAGAAAGGCAACCCAGGUGGCCUUCUCGCAGCCUCGCCGCAACCAACCGCAUCACGAUGCUUAGGGGCCUCACGAAGGGCCUCUCUGGGAGAACCUGACCACCGUAGUUCUCAGCCGGAUCUUUCGCGGAAUCGUUCUGCCGUACCGACGCCGAUGGCAGCACAUUCACAGCAUGUGUGGCAAGGGCACGGGCAAACACACCCUCAAGCGCACUCGCCAGCGCACGCACCGGCGCAAAUGCACGCGCCGGCGCAAAUGCAUGCGCCGGCGCAGGUGCAUGCGCAGGCGCACAUGCACGCUCAGCUCAAUCAGCAAGUGCCUCCUCAAGCGCGUCAGCAGCAACAGGUGCGCAGCAUGCCCGGGAUGCGCUCUGGGUAUGCUUCCCCAUCCAUUCAGGGACGAACCCCACUGCCGGGUCACCGCAUUCAGAUCUGA